AAAGAACUGGAGUCGCUCUGGACCACGACGACCACGGUCGUAUAUUUGAAUGGCAUACAGUAAAUCCAUGGAAUUUUACCCAUUUCUGGGAAGGGAAACAGAGCGUCGGCAGUUUGCAGUACUUUUCGCUGUCUGUAUUCCAAAUCUUUAAUCUUAUGGUAUAGAAGGGAAAUGAUGAAAUGUACCAGUACUAGUAGUUAGUGAUAGCAGUAACAGUAGUAGUAGUAGGUGUCGCCAUGUCGGAUAAGCAGCAGAACAGAGGCUGCUUGUUCAUGGAGUAUAUUCACGGUUGAACUUGGAGACCACCAACAACCCUCUCCCCCCCCCCCCUCCUUACCCUCCUUAUCUCUCUCUUCUCUCUCUCUCUAACGACUCUUUUACCGUCCCUUCUUUGGCCAUGGCGGUGGCGCACUUUGGCCGUGGGACGCGGAAGGUGGUGGUGGAGACGGCGAGUAUGUGGUGGUUGUUGCUUUCUGUUGCGUUACUGUUGCCACUAUGCUAUGGCCAGAAAGCAAGCCUUUCUCGCCAGAAGCUUGAGAUUCACAAGCACUUGAAGCGCCUGAACAAGCCUCCCGUUAAGUCCAUCCAGAGCCCAGAUGGAGAUACAAUCGACUGUGUCCAUAUCUCCCACCAGCCCGCUUUUGAUCACCCUUUCCUCAAGAACCACAGCAUUCAGAUGAGGCCAACCUACCGGCUAGAAGGCCUAUUUGAUGGGGAAAAGAUGUCAAGUGCUCCCAAAUCCAGUGAAGGAACGAAAAGGCCAAUUACACAGCUAUGGCAUUUGAAUGGUAGGUGCCCAGAAGGGACUGUUCCCAUCAGAAGAACAAAGCGAGAUGAUCUUCUGAGAGCAAGCUCGGUCAAGAGGUAUGGGAAGAAGCAUCACAGAGCCAUCCCCCAGCCAGCAAAAUCUGCUGAUCCCGACCUCCUCAAUCAAAGCGGACAUCAGCAUGCAAUAGCUUAUGUUGAAGGAGGCAAGUACUACGGAGCAAAGGCAACCAUGAAUGUUUGGGAACCCAAAAUUCAGCAGUCCAAUGAGUUCAGCUUGUCUCAGCUCUGGAUCUUGGGAGGUUCUUUUGCUUCUGAUCUCAACAGCAUUGAAGCUGGUUGGCAGGUUAGCCCAGACUUGUACGGAGAUAGCAACACCAGACUUUUCACCUACUGGACUAGUGAUGCUUAUCAAGCCACAGGCUGCUACAACCUCCUCUGCUCUGGCUUUAUUCAGAUCAGCAACGACGUAGCCAUGGGGGCUAGCAUCUUCCCUCUUUCUUCUUAUCGUGGUUCCCAGUAUGAUAUCAGCAUUCUUGUCUGGAAGGACCCUAAAGAGGGGAACUGGUGGAUGCAAUUUGGGGAAGACUAUGUGCUGGGUUACUGGCCGGGCUUCUUGUUUUCGUACCUUUCCGACAGUGCAUCGAUGAUCGAGUGGGGCGGGGAGGUGGUGAACUCGGCGCCGGAUGGGCAGCACACCACCACCCAAAUGGGCAGUGGCCAUUUCCCUGAAGAAGGCUUUGGUAAGGCCAGUUACUUCAGGAACAUUCAGAUUGUAGAUGGGUCCAACAACCUGAGGGCUCCCAAAGACUUGGGCACUUUCACUGAAGAAUCUGAUUGCUAUGAUGUUCAAAUAGGCAGGAGUGAUGAUUGGGGGAACUACUUUUACUAUGGUGGCCCUGGAAGAAACCCUAAUUGCCCAUAACCAAACUGCAACCCCCCCCCACCCCCACCCAAAAAAAAAAAAAAAAAAAGAAAGAAGAAAAACCAUCUCCCAUCUUAUCUGUGUAAACUUUUAACCCCUUUCGGUUGUUAGGUUAGGCUAGAACAGAGUAUAGCAAGAUGUGAAUGUUCUUGGAAAUUUGAGUAUCUUUAUUUGGCCCUCCAUGAAGAAGCAGCUGUCAGCUUUCUGUGUAAUUAUUUGUGCCCCCUUUGGAGUAGUUAGAUUGUGAAUUGAUGAAUUGGAUUCUUAUGUUGGCAGUAUCAAGUGUUGCUGUUCGUGGGACACGUAAAAUGUGGCAUGUAUAAAGUCUAAAAUUUCUCAUGGAU